AUGGUUACUAAAAUCCAAACUGAAUUGUUAAUGACAAUAAUUUAUUUUAUCAAUACAAAAUAUACCGGUUCUUUUAUUAGUUUAAUAAUAUCUGAUCGACGUUUGGAUGAUAUUGCGGUGGCUAACUUUAUCGGUCCGGGUCAUUUGGCCGACAAUCAUUUCACCGACACCACUUCACCAACCGAUUGUUUUACCGACAGAGGGCAAGGACGAUCACAAAGUCAAUGUACAGAUGCAGAUCCUCUUGAUUUACUUCUAUCUAGCAGUGAUAGUCAAGGACAAUCAUUUACAAAUAAAGAAAUAAAAGAUCAAACAUUAACAUUUAUCUUCGUUGAUUAUGAAAUAACAAGUAAUUUAAUGAUAUGGAUCAUGUAUGAAUUAAUGACAAAUCUUUCUGUAUAUCAAGCAUGA